GUUAGCAGCAGCAUUGCAGCCAUCCUCCCAAGAGAACAAAGCGCGAAGUUCAAUCGUUGUCCGUGUCCUCAUUGCGCAAUCUACACUACACCGUGAAAAUGUUGAAAGAAUUCGUACGGGAGCGACUCAUUGCGGCUGCCGACGAAAUCUUCGGCCUGUUUGAAAGAACCAUCGCGUCUUACGAGGAGCAACUUUGUCGGCAACGACGACAACUGGAAGCUGCUUGCCAGACUCAGUUUGUCAUUAGCGCCGAAGACAUUCAGGAGCAGGCCGGUCACCAGGAAGAACAACCACGUUCAGGGAGCUCCAGCUUGCAGCAGGAGAAUCCUCCGCCGCCCCUCGUCAAAGAGGAGGAGCAAUUCGUGCCCCCCCACAUUAAGGAGGAAGAGGAGGGGGUCACUGUCAGCCAGUCGCCACUGACCCGCCUCUCUGUGGCAAGUGAAGACGACAAAGCACCUAAGUGGAGGCAGCUUCAUCAUCACAGUCAGAGCGGAGAGUGGUGUGGAGGAGCGCUGCCAGAUGACCUUUGCACACCACCGUCACAUUGCUACGACGUAGAGAGCUAUGACGGCAAACGGCUGAAAGGUUCCGAAAAGGAGAGAACUCGGGGCAGCAGUGAUUCACGUUUCACGUGUCCAAUUUGUGGCAGAAGUUUUGCUCAGAAAUUGCACAGACACAUGCGAACACACACGGGAGAAAAGCCCUUUCGUUGCGCAACUUGUGGCAAAAGAUUCUCUCGAAAGGAGCAUUUGGAAAUACACAUGAGAAUACACACAGGAGAGAAACCCUUCAGUUGCUCAAUUUGUCCCAAAACAUUCACACAUAAGACCACCAUGGCUUCACACAUGAGAAUGCACACAGGAGAAAAACCUUUUAGCUGUGCAUUUUGUGGUAAAGCUUUCAGUCAAAAGCAAAGUAUGCUGCUACACGUCAGGAUACACACUAGAGGAAAGCCCUUGGCCUGCCCCUUGUGACUUCAACAUUGAUUGAAAUUGAAAGGUCAUGCAUGAACUGAAAACCCCUCAAUGUGUGACUCAAACGUUGACUCAAAAGUCAUGCGUGCUAUUCCUCAUGAAAAUGAGGUAAAGCCCGUUUGGACCUCAAUUCGUGGCAUGCGUGUGCUUGAAAACAUUUUUUUGCUCUACAAAGAGUGUAAUUGCGUGGCUUUGUGUUCUCGGAAUUGUGACAGUGGAGCAAUAAGGACAGGGAAUUGGGUUAAAAAAGUGAGGAGAGUCAUUUGAUUCAUCAUCAUCAUCAUUUGCAUUGGCGCCAUCUCGGACAUCUGCAGCUCCUUCAAUUAUUCAGGUAGCUUGAGCAAAGGAACGUCACUAUUAUCUAAGUAAGCUCCCCAAAGUGUGAGCUUCCUUCUGGUUUGAUGUGCAGCAAUUCAGAAAUAAAUUUAA